AUGCGCGUGCCACCAGCUGCAAGCAUUCGCGCAUACACCUCCCCCUUGGUCCGCAACGUUGUUGAUGCAUCUCAGCCGGCAGACUCUCGCGACGAACUCCGAGCCGGUAUGCUGCCAGCGCAGGAUAUGGCGGCCGUCGAGGAGCCCAUGGGCAAUGGGCCGUCGCAAACGUACAACUCCUCGUCGCCGAUGAACACUCUACCGCCGGAGCUGCUUGGACUUAUCCUCACAUUCCUCGUCCUGCCUAUGAAUCUGCAACCCAAACUACGCGGUGCACGAGGGACUAUGCUACCCGACCCCCUAUACGACCGCCCAGCUCAAGUUCCAUCAAUGAAUGCGGAUAUUCUUGGGGUAACGCACGUUUGCAAGUACUGGCGUGCGGUGGCCAUCCGAACUCCUGAUCUAUGGGCGUCGUUCGCCGUCUUCCAUCCGGACCUCGCGCAGGAGUGUUUGGUACGCUCGAAGACCGUCCCCCUGUCCCUUUCCAUAGAGUACGCCGUUUCGCCGCAUGUCACUCCCAUCCUUGGAGACUCGGCCCAUCGCCUUCGUUCAGUGUACGUUCGCCAGAAGACGAAUAUAAUAGAGUCGGUAUGGCGCCAGCAGCUUGUCACGCGUCCGGCUCCCUGCCUAGAAGAGCUGUUCGUCGAGGAUAGCGAACGGCACUUUCGGCUCGACGGCCCUCCCCUCCCGGAGGAUGCGACAUCUCCACUGCCAGUGAUGUUCAGCGGCGUUAUCCCACGUCUACGCACCCUCGUCCUCAGAGGCGUACCUAUGACAUUCACUUCCCCCCGACACCCUGAUCCACCUUGA